AUCGAACGUAAGUGGCAACGGAUGCGACACAGACGUGUCUUGAAGCUCGAUGACGAAUGGGAUGUGGGCAUUCGUGCUGGCGUACUAGAUUCAUCACCUGAACCUGCGGUGGUAUUCNAAAACGACAUUUGA